UACACUACUCGAUCUCUUUUGAACAUAAGAAUCAUGAAUUCUUUAACACAAUCCAAAAUUCCUGUACUUAACAUAGAAGGCUUGAAACCAGGUACAGAAUCUUGGAUCAUGGCAUGCCAUAAAGUGAGACAUACACUUGAAGAGUACGGUUGCUUUAUGGUUGUCUCUGAUGAGUUUUCUCAAGAUUUCACGAAGGAAGUUUAUGCAAACAUAAAAACCCUAUUUGACCUCCCAUUAGAAACCAAAAUGAAGAAUACUUCUGCUAAGCCUUUCCAUGGUUAUGUGGGUGCAACUCAUACUCGUCCACUCUACGAAAGCAUGGGGAUCGAGCAACCUACGAGUCUGGAUGAGGUCGUACGCCUUACAAACCUCAUGUGGCCUUCAGGAAAUGAUCAAUUCUGUAAAACUAUUCAUUCCUAUGCAAAUUUAGUGGCGAAACUUGAAAACCAAGUGCGGAAGAUGGUGUUCGAAAGCUAUGGACUCGAGAAAUACUAUGAAUCCUUCAAUGAAUCGGUGACAUAUGUUCUUAAACCAAAUAAAUACAGACCACCGAAAUCAAAUGAGGGCAAUGUGGCUGCCAAGAUGCAUACGGACAAGAACUUAUUUUCGAUACUCAGCCAAAACCAAAUGAAUGGACUGGAAGUUCAAAUCAAGGAUGACGAGUGGAUGGCUGUUGAGUUCCCUCCAUCAUCCUUUUUCAUCAUGGCAGCUGAUGUUUUCAUGGCAUGGAGCAAUGGCAGGACAAAAGCUGUUCGUCAUCGAGUGGUCAUGAACGGGCAAGAAGACAGGUACUCCAUAGCCUUAUUUUCAUUCAAGAAAGGGAUUGUAGAAAUACCUGAAGAACUAGUUGAUGAAGACCACCCACCAAGAUUCAAGCCUUUUGACAAUUAUAAGCUUCUUGAGUUUCAUGUCAAAAAUCCUCCGCCUUACUACGAUGAACGUGUCAUAGAAUUAUUUUGUGGAAACUAAAAAGCUCCCUCCUAAGAAUGCCAUAGAAUUUCUUGAGUGUUCUCGUUUAAUAAGUUUCUAUGCGAUCGGUCAUAUGAUCUUAGUUUUGUAAGACUUUAAUCUUUUGAUCGGUUGUAAAACAUUUAAAGACACUUUUAAUAAAAGGUGGCAUCAGAGGUUUAUUUCCGGUA